CGGUGACGCCCGGUCGCUAGCUUUCCCCCAUUUCCGUGCUCGUUCUCAACUCCUCUGGCUGCGUUGGGCUCCAUUACACGCACACAAAACCCAGAAAUCGAGGUCGACGACGUGGGGGGCGAACCUGCCGCCGACCGGACAGAGAGGCCCACCCGCCGAUCCCGUAGCUCCGCCGCGCCGAGCUCACUACGGUUUGUGCGGCAUGGGGACUUCUUCCGGUGCGAAUUUCAACCAGCAGCCUCCCCCGCAGGGGAUGCUGCCGCCUCGCCACGGAGCGCGGCCCCCGAGCAUGCAGAGUUUCCUCUCGCUGGCCUCGUCAGAACAGGUAGGCUCGCCUGAGAUGCAGGAUCCUGCCUCCAAUUCUGACCAGGGGCAUGACUCUGCCACUGAAAGUGCGAGUUCUAGGGAGACCUGGCCUGUGGAGCCGGAACAUAGCAAUGCUGCUGCUGCCAGUAGUGGGGGUGGUGGUGCGAGAACAAUGGACAGGGAGAAGGACGUGGGAAAUGGUAUCCCCAAGUUGCAGGUUAUUCGUGGAACCUCCCGCAUUGACAGGAUUUCGUUGAGGGAGGUUGCGCGUGAGAGAGUUGACCUUGUUGCUGAGAAAAUGAAAUUAAUGCCAGAAGAGCACUUGGAGGAGAUCAAGAAUGAGCUCAGGUCGAUUCUGGAGGGGACUGGGGGCUCUCACCAUAUUGAGGAGUUUUUGUAUCUGCAGAAGUUUGUCCAGGGUAGGGAAGAUUUGACACCAACUAUGCUUUCACUGGCCCAUCAUGUUCAGCUGCAGAUCCUUGCAGCAAUCAAGACUGGAAUCCAGGCGUUUUUGCAUCCCAGCGUAAACAUUCCUCAAAGUCACCUGGUGGAGGUAUUCUUGUACAAGAGGUGCCGGAACAUUGCUUGUCGGAGUGCUCUCCCUGCCGAGGAGUGUAGAUGCAGUGUAUGUGCUAACAGGAACGGGUUCUGCAACCUUUGCAUGUGUGUGAUUUGCAACAAAUUCGAUUUUGAGGUCAACACAUGCCGCUGGGUGGGUUGUGAUUUCUGUUCUCAUUGGACACACACUGACUGUGCAAUCCGUGAUGGCCAGAUUGGGUCGGGGCAAUCAGUCAAGAGCAGCUCUGGUAAGGCCGAAAUGCUCUUUAGGUGCCAGGCUUGCCACAAGACAUCAGAAUUAUUCGGCUGGGUUAAGGAUGUGUUUCAACAAUGUGCUACUGGUUGGGAUAGGGAUGCUUUAUUACGAGAGCUUGACUUUGUUUGUAAGAUAUUUCGUGUAAGUGAAGACAUAAAAGGGAGGAUUUUGUUCAGGAAAUGUGCGAAUCUUAUUGACAGAUUGAGGAACAGUCCUCCCGACUCUUUCAAUCCUAGGAUAAUACUGCAUGCUCUUCAAGAGUUUGAGAUAGAUUUGCAGAAGAGCUCCGAAAGUGAAGAACCAGGGCGCCUGAUCACUCCCCAGGAGGCCUGUAAUCGUAUUGCGGAGGUAGUCCAAGAAGCUGUCAGAAAGAUGGAGCUUGUCGCUGAAGAGAAAAUGCAACUGUACAAAAGGGCCCGCCUCGCUGUGGAGGCCUGCGACCGGGAGCUUGAUGAGAAGGCCAGACAAGUUCAGGAGAUCAAGGCUGAGCGACUGCGGAGCAAGCAGCAGGUGGAGGAGCUUGAGAGCAUUGUUCGGUUGAAACAGGCUGAGGCUGAGAUGUUCCAGCUCAAGGCAAGCGAAGCUCGUCAGGAGGCUGAGAGGCUCCAGAGCAUCGCGCUUGCGAAAUCCGAGAGGGCUGAGCAGGACUAUGCUAGCCUCUACCUCAAGCGUCGCCUGGAGGAAGCGGAAGCAGAGAAGCAGUUCCUUUUCGAGAAAAUAAAGCUUCAGGAUGGCCAUAGGCCCCCGCAGGCAAGCAGCAGUGUGUCUGCUGAUCCCUCUCAGGCUCCUUCUCAGGCGCAGAUGCUGUCCAAAAUCCAGGACCUUCUCAAGAACGUCCGCAGCAUGCCGGCAAAGUCUGAGGGACAGUCGAAGUAAGAGUACAGCAGUGCUGCUCAGAUUGGUGACUGCAGGUUGUGUUAUUGUGCUAAUGUAUGGUGAUUUUUCUGAAGUAAUUAGCAGAAGUAUAAUGAGCGUGUACCCCUUGAAAAGUCAUAUUCCCUCCGUCCAACAAAAGAUGUCUCAAGUUUUUCAAAAUUUGGAUGUAUCUAGACAUGACUUAGUAUAUAGAUGCAUUCAAAUUUAGUCAAAGUUGAGACAUCUUUUGUUGGACGGAGGGAUUAUAUGAUUCGUGCUAUCAUGGAUAUUUGGGCUAAUGAUGAACCAUUGCAGGCUACGUAGUUUAAUUUGGUCAUUAAUUUGAGCAUUGUGGGCUUUUCUGCGUUUCUCCUGUUAAAACUUGACUUAGCAGAUGAAAGAUAGCUGAAGCAAACA